GACAUCACCCCCGGGUGGUGCUGAAGUGCCGGAGAGUAUACGCCGCUGGGGCGGCAGUGGGGUAGUGCGGUGCUGCCAUGGAAAAGCCGCUUCACCGGGGCCUCUUGCUGCUAUUGCUGACCGGGAUCGGGCUGGCCCUGGCAGGUCAGAAUAACCUGGAACCUCCAUCAAAUGUUCGUAUCAGUAAAAACCACGAAGGGUUUUCAGUAACGUGGGAUUGGAAUAAUUUAAGUGACGAGGACCCCGGCAACGUGAGGUUUUCCGUAUUUGUUAAGAAAUUGAGCACACGCCGUAGUGUAGAGUGGAGGACUGUUCCUGGAUGCCUGCACGUUACUCAACGUCUUUGUAAAAUCUACGUGAAAAAUCUGAAUCCUUAUAUGAGCUAUAGUUUACGCGUCCGGUCUGAGAUCUCACAAAAACAUUCCCAGUGGUCUUCUAUUGUGCCGUUUUCACCGGGAGAUAUAGUGGAUCUCGACCAUCACACUAAUGUGUCUGUGGCGUUUGUUGACGGAAGGGUACAAGUCACAGUGUCGGAUACAACAACAAGCGAAGCAAUGGAAGAUGAGGGUGACCUAAUCUAUAAACUGAUGUUCUGGGAAAACAACUCGGAAGAAAAGACCCUCGCAUCCUCGGAUCCCGUAUUUAUUCUGAACGACCUUUUGCCUGAUGUAGAAUAUUGUUUGAAAGCAUGGGUGUAUGACACGGAGACACAAAAGCCUGGCCCUUUCAGCAAAACCAAAUGUUUUACGUUUAAUGAAAAAGGGCUCCCUGAAAACUUGAGGGUUCUGGCUGUUGACACAAACUAUGUAUUAAUGUGGGACUGGAAUUUUGAACAAGACCCAAAUGUAACCUUUUCGGUAAAAAUGGCAAAGCCAUUAGUGGACAGAAAAUGGAGUACAUUUGAUGGGUGUGAAAAUAUAUCCACGGCUGAGUGUGAUGUAUCCAGCAUAGUGAUAUUAGGAACAUACGAGUUUCGCGUGUUAGUACGUGAUUCGCGGGGAAACCAAUCCUUCUCUAGUGCUAUAAAGUUUCAGCCUCUUAAGGACACUGUCAUCGGACCCCCUUCUGAUCUGAGGCUGAAGUUGCUGAAUAACAUGCUCAACAUUGAGGUGGGGAAUCCUGCAGGAUUUGAAAAAGAAGCCCUCCGAUAUGAUUGUGCUUGGUCCUACCAUCUGGUGAUGUGGCAAAAUUCAUCAGAUUUUCAUCAGGAAGAACAUUUUAAAGAGCCAAUAUUUACAGUAAAUCAUUUGAAGCCAUCGACAGAAUAUUGUCUCAAAGUGCAAUUGGUAUGUAAACCUGACAACAGAUCGGGACUGUUUAGUGAGACCCGCUGCAUUUCAACAGAGCCAGAUUACUGGUUCUUUUGGCACAUAUGGGGGACGCUUGUUAUCAUCGUAGGAUUAGCUCUGAUUUCAGGCCUGGUUUACAUCUGUCUUUGUCCUUUACAACGGUACAUCAAGCAUAUAUUCUGCCCAACAGGAAAACUCCCCGCAAGCAUCGAAAAUGGUAUCCCUAACUCGCCAUUCAGCACCACCAACAAUCAGUUACUACUCGAAGAAGAAGAGAUAACAGACCCGUGCUACAUAAUCCCGUCCAGCGAAGAUCGUACGGAGCAGUACAAAAUAUCGGACAGAGACGGCAGAGACUCCGGGAACUAUUCAAACGAGGACGAAACCACAGCGAAUGGGCUUCUCUGACUACAGAGGACUGUUGACAUUUUGUACGGUGUAAAAAUGUAUAGCGGAUUUGUAGCCAAAAAUUGCUCUCUGGAUCUACCAAGAGUGCAAAUGUUAACCUUUAACGUGCCAGUGAUGUGAAGGAUCCUUAAGACUUCUCCCUGCCUGAAU